UCUACAAAACAUGAGUCGUCUGCAUCUACCAGGCCAACAACAUCAGCUGAACUGUGGAGAACAUUCACAGCCCACGCAGGAGGAUUCCGAGGAGCUAACCUUACAGUAUUUGAGAAUACAGAAGCAAAAGCAGCUGUUAGAGUUCGCAAUCAGAACCAACUCUGGGUACAAUCAAAUGAGAUGAAUAGUGCAGUAUUCGACCUGAAACAGCUUUCUGUUCUGCCUGCAGAUUUCUAUGAAGCUCUCCCCAAUCAAUAUUCCUCCGCUGUUGUGGCAGUUCCAGUGCGUCAGGGAGCCAUUAAUGGAGGCAUCAUUGCUUUUGAUUCCGCAGAAUCUCGCAUAACCGCUUGCAGUGUUGGUAUAGCAGUUGGAGGUUUCACAGUGAUUGGCGCACCAACGUUACCUCCUACUAGCUCCAUUUACCCAGUUUCGCUUGAAAAGUUACCUUUGAUGAGACCAGACAGCUUAACCCCACUUCUGACUGAGGCGCUCUCUCGCUACGGCACAGUUCUCCAUGUUGGUUUAUAUCGCGAUCCGGAUCACACCGUAAUUUCUCUCAGUCACGAAAUUGAUUUAACGAACCAACGACUUAUUUACGCUUCGUGGAGAGGUAUGGCACCCCAUUGUUUUUACUGCCAUAAGCCUGGCUACACGAAAGGCAACUGUUCUCGCCUAUCUCAGCAGCGUAUUAAGACUUGUUACAGCUGUGGAGAUCCAGACCAUUUGAUUAGGGAGUGUCCUAAACGUAACACCGCCACAGUGGGCGAGAAACGUAUCCGCUACGAUAAUUCUUUGCCUGACAUACCUAUGUCGUCUUCAUCAUUGAAUUUAGGCUCUUCGCCCACUCAGAGCUCCUCAGCACUAGCUGCUAUUGUAUCUGCUGUAUCUAAGUUUGUACACCAGUCUGACAUUGAGUCUUCUAAGAUGACAGCCAGCACCCAGAAAAACGUUGCACGAACUAGGUCAAAGGCAUCUACCACUAUCAUUACUGCAGUUAUCCCUGAGAAGGAUGACGAUGCCGACGACCCAGAUUACGUUCCUUCCGAUGAUCAAUCAGAAUCGGAUGAGUCUGACCACGAUUCUGAUACCAUGUCAAUUGAUUCACAAGAGAGGCAAGAUAUCGAAGACGAUGCCCGUCUUCUACAGAGUAAUUCUACUCCGGGUGCAACCCCACAGUCAGAUGGGGAAGCGGCUCAUUCAUCCUCCUCACGACGAUUAUGA